CAUCCCGCAGGCAUCUUUGACUCUAAAGAUUAAAAUCCCUUAUAUGUCCCCGUUUCAAAUCUACCUUCACUCCUAAUACGAUGAAGAAGAUAAGCAGAACAGUUUGGGGCACAGUUGCCUUAGUAAUUGCAGCGCUGGUGACAAAUGCAGCAGCAGAAUUAUUUCCCAAAGAGGCCCUGCCCACGGCAUCAGGGUACCUCACCAUCAAAGAGAAGCCCGGUGCCCAAAUGUUCUAUGCAUACUACGAAGCAAUCGAACCCUCACUCCAACUUUCGGAGAGGCCGAUCCUAUUGUGGCUUCAGGGGGGCCCCGGUUGCUCCGGAUUGAUUGGCAAUCUGUACGAAUUAGGCCCCUGGAUAGUCGCUCAAGACCUCCGCCUGCACAAAAAUUCGGGCCCAUGGAACCGUAUGUUUGGACUCCUCUUUAUCGACAACCCCAUCGGAAGUGGCUUCAGCGUUGCCCCCACCGACCACGAUAUUCCAACCAACCAGGAAGAAAUCGCCAAGGAUUUGUACAGCGCACUGCAAGCAUUCUAUGGUCUCAAUCCUCUGUUCAAAUUCCGGCCCUUCUUCGUGGCGGGCGAGAGCUACGGAGGAAAAUUCGUGCUCUCGCUGGCGUAUUACAUGGUACAGCAGGUAGAAAAAGGGGGAUCUUUACGAAUCGACGGCGUGGCUGUCGGCAAUGGCAUGAUAGACCCUGUCAUCCAGGUACGGUCGCAUGCAAGCUUGGCCUACGCCGUGGGGCUUAUCGAUUCCGAACAGAAGCUUCAGCUUGAAAGUUUACAGCAAGAGGCCGUCAAUCUGACCACUCAGCAGAAAUGGAAUGAGGCCCGUAUUGCGCGAAACCGCGUCCUUAGCAGGCUGCUAAAGACAACGGGGCUUCGAACUCUUGACGACAUGAGGCGGACCGUUCCCUAUCACAGUUUGGAUAAUGGCACCGACUUCCUUCGCCUCUUCGUUAAUCAGCGCGCUGUAAAAGAGGCUCUCAACGCUCAUCCCAACGCUACCUGGGUCGACUGUAGUGACGCCGUGGGCGUCAGACUGCAAGGGGACAUUAUGAAGAGCACUAAAUGGAGGGUUGAAAGACUUCUGUUGAAAAUGCCAGUUUUGUUGUAUCAGGGGCAGUUCGAUCUCAGGGAUGGCGUUGUAUCCACUGAAGACUGGAUGCGCACUCUGUUAUGGGAUGACUUGGCUGAGUUUUGGCGGGCGGAGAGGAAAGUAUGGCGAGUGUCAAAGGUGCUGGCUGGAUAUGUGCGCUCUUAUUCAAAUCUGACGCAUGUUGUUGUGGCGAGAGCAGGGCAUCUUGCGCCUGCCGACCAACAUCUGCAUUCUCAGGUGAUGAUUGAGUCCUGGGUAGAUAAAUCUCUUGCCACUUCGGCGAUGCAGGGAUAGCCAAAUCACUUUUUAAUUCUACCCACGCCACCUAGAAAACAUAGAUUUUAAUAAAGUUAAUGAGUGCGACCUAAAUUUGACGGUGAACCUUUUCCCUGUCAAAUAAUAUUUUCAUUAAAGCUAUCAGAUUUCCACAAUCAAUGUCAUAACAUUUUCAUGUUUUACAAUAUUAUCCAUGUUUUAUUAUUCAA